AUGGGAAAGCCUCCAGCAGUGGUCAUCAUCGCCAGACACGGCGCACGGAUCGACGCCGUCGACAAAAAAUGGCAUCUUACUUCCCCAACCCCCUACGACCCUCCUCUAACCUACGGCGGCUGGACCCAAGGACGCGCGCUCGGUGCCCGUAUUGCCAGUCUGUUACAGGCUCGAGAGGAAUCUGUCCAUGAUCAUCAUACCCAAGUGUCGAGCAGCUCGAACGGAGCCGAGAACGGCACAAUCGAAACAGCAAAUUCGGGGCAGGACACCCACACGCACCAUGUAACCACAACGAGGGUUCGGAAGCAUAAGGUCAUCAUCCAUUCUUCUCCAUUUCUCCGGUGCGUCCAGACGGCCAUCGCAAUCAGCGCGGGAAUGAGCCAGUACCACCGGGCAUCCAAGAAUAAUAUUGUGAAACCUGUUAGUGAUGCAUCGCCCUCUCCAGAAUCUGUACCGGAGGAAGUUUCACGAAAAUCGACUCCUGUGAUUCUACCGGAGGAUAAUGUAGUGCCGCUUGCGGAGGAGAAGAAGGGGAACAACAAAGCAGCUUCGCAAAAAGCAUUCCCUAAGACUCGCCUUCGAAUCGACGCGUUUCUGGGCGAGUGGCUUUCUCCAGAAUAUUUCGAAGAUAUCACCCCGCCACCAAGUUCCGUGAUGAUGGUGGCAGGUGCGAAAUCAGAACUGCUGAGACGCGGUGAGGGCAUACACCGGACUCACGAUUCUGGCAGCAAGUCCAUCUCGGGGCAUUUCCCUGGGGGUUGGCAAAGCAACUCGAAUCCUACAUCUCCCGCACAAGAAGAUGACGAGGGGCGAUUCCGAAAUAUGGCCGCUAUGGCCAAUUCUCUUGCCAAACAAGGACGACCAGGAAGCCAUGAUGGUCAAGUCGGGUCGACUACCAAAACCCCCACCAUCCGGGACAUACUAUCCAGGAGAGCGGCGCAUGGGAACGAGGAUUCUAGCCAGGGUUAUAUUCCACCGUCUCCAUCCUAUGCGAUAUCGUCGUCAGACCCUAUACCGGCUGGCUAUGUCGCCCACGCAAGAGACGCCUGCGUAGACGUGGAUUAUCAGUGGGACAGCAUGCGGGAGCCGCACAACUGGGGCAGUGGCGGGGAAUAUGGCGAAGAAUGGAGCGCGAUGCAUUUGCGCUUCCGCAAUGGUCUGCAGAGCAUGAUAGACUGGUACAGGAAACAGGAUCGUCCUCAUCCCCACCAUCAUAAGGAAGACUCCGACGAAGAUUUCACAGAUGUUGUGUUGAUUUUGGUGACCCAUGGGGCUGGAUGUAAUGCCCUGAUCGGGGCCUUGACCAAUCAGCCAGUGCUGUUAGAUGUGCCAAUGGCUUCCUUGACAAUGGCUGUUCGGAAAGAUAUCAUCGAAGGCAAGGACGCUGCCCAGUAUAUUGCGGAGAAGAAAGAGCGACAGCAAGACGAACAGAAUCGCCGGUCUUCGCUCGACUUGUCUCUCUCUCAAGAAUAUGAUGUUUCUUUGAUCGCCUCGGUCGAACACCUUCGAGCGGAAUCGGACCAGCCACUCGCUAUUCCCCAGUUGCCAGCUCCAACUGUCCACCGCUCCUCUUCAAUAUCUGCGUAUCGUCACCGUCCGGUCAGCUCUAAUGGACCUUCUUUCAAAUUCAAGGACUCGGCGGAACCUCGUGGGAUGAGCCUCCAAAGGUCGGCAACCACUAAGUCCCAGCACUCCUCUCGCUGUACCGCUGGCUUGUGGGGUUCCUCGUCUCUGGCGACUGCGGAGAACUCGGCAGAAUCUGGUGAGAGCGAUGGGGAGAAGAUUGUCCCUAACUUUGGCCAGCCGGCUUCGGCCAGCAGUUCUUCCAAGCCGGAAAAUUCCGAAAACAAAUCGCAGACUGCAAAUCCUGCUUCAGAACGGCCCAAGUCGCAGCGCGGACUGUGGAGCAGUGCGGUUAUCGCGCAGGAACGCGAACCGAUCCAGAAGCGAAGGUGGACGGUUACUGAGCGUCGCUAA